AUGAAGCAGCAAGUGGUGGAAUUGGAAAGGCUUUCUGACUUGGGCUGGGGCUUACACUGGCCCUAUUCUCAGGCCUUCAGACUGGGACUGAAUUACACCACUGGUUUUCUUGGUUCUCCAGCUUGUAAAGGGCAGGUGAUGAAGCCAGCUGCCCUGUUGAACUGCCCACCUGGCAAGGAACUGAAGACCCCACAGGGCAGCAGCCAGGGUGGAACUGAGGCCCUCACUUCAAAUGUGCCAUUCUUCCCCAUUCCCUUCACAUCCCCCGACACCCGCACCGCCAAGACUGGAAGUGCAGUUCACGUAGCUCCUCAGGGGUGGGUCCUGGGCUUGGAGCGAACACACCUACAGACAGCCAUCUCCAUAGCGCAUGUUCACAUGGAAUCCUCCAUCUCCCCCUCUUCACCUCCCUUGUGCCUCUUUCCUUCUCCCAGGGUCAGUGAGAGUGCCCUCGAGGAAGAGGGCGCACAGGGCUGGAAGCGGUCUCCUGGGAGCGUCCGUUUGUCCUCGGGGCCCACGCGCCCUUCCCCUCGCCCCCCGCCUAGCCGGCUCGGGCGCGCCCGCGGCGUCAGUCUCGCGAGCCCCUUCGCCCUCGCGAGUCUCGCGUUCGAUCAUCCCGAGCUGCAGCGCCGCGCAGCUUGGGGAGGGGUAAUCCGCCCCGGAACACACGUGAGCGUCCCCGGGGCGGGGUCGGCGGAGGCGGCUGAGGGGUUUCCCCCACGCCCCCAAUGCCGGCCCGCGGUCGCCGCACCUCCCGCGGGGUUCGCACCCGGCCCUCCACAUCCCCCUUCCCGGGAACGACCCUCCGCUCCUCCACACCUACCGCCCCGCUCCAGUUCCCUCCAAAUACCUCCCCCCCGGCCCAUCCCCUCCGCUGCGCCGCUCCUCCCCCCUCCCCCGGUUUCCCUGGCCCCCGCCCGCGGCCACCCCCCGCCCCCCAGCGGCCCGGCUCGCACGCGCCGCGGAAUUCGGCACCUCCUCCCUCAGAGCCGAGCCCGCGGCUCCGCGGAGCAGCCGCCGCCGCCGCCGCCGCAGCCGGGCCCUCUGCGUGCCUCCCCGUCCCGCCCCUCGGCCCCUGGCGCCCCAGGCCCCCGUCCCCACCAUUCUCCCGCCCCGCUUCCCUCCCUCCUUCCUCCCUCCCCCCUCCUUUCCCCCUUCGCCUGCAGCCCGAGCCGGGCGCGCUAG